AUGGCUUCGUUCCACAGUCCAGCAAAAGACGAGGAGUCAGACGACCUCGAAGACCUCAUCAGCGACACUGAAGCCAACCAUAAUGACUACGAUUUGAGUCCAGAAAAGCAUACCACAGAUCUGAAUGACUUUCCAAGUGUCUCUGUGCUCAGUGAUCGGACGAAAGCUCAGUCUGAGCCUCUGUCGCCUGGCAGAAACCGAAAGAGAUCAAGUGACGAGGCAUACCGGAGGUCACAGCCACCAAGCUUUAGCAUACCAAGUACUACCCCUCGCCAUCCGCCGCCCACGGUCUCCUUCCUCUCGCAGAUUUCGUCCGAGGGCAGGAAGCCAUCACAGAAUCUGUUUGGCACGCGGGAAGGUAGCAGCAAAUUACAGAGCGUUAUGACGCCCGACAGUCCUCCACAGUCUCUUGUACCAACGCUCGACUCAUCAGCUGAAUCCGAGCCCGAGGCAGUAGAAAUGGAGACUCGGACGCCAACGUUUGCAGAAGCUAUUGCCUCAGUCCAGACCACCCUCGAUGCCGAUUUCGAUGCAUAUGCAAAAGACUUGGAAGAAAGGGACUCAACGGGGGACUUGGAAGAUCUUGACUGGAACCAACUUGAGGAGCGGUACAUGAAUGAGCUUCGCCCAUUGACCCAGGCAGAGGAGUCUGUUCAUGCAGAGAUCGGAGACAGGAUGAAACAAUAUCUGCUUUGGACCCAGGUUUCGAGCGAGAAAGAGAGCGAGCGUGCCUUCAAGAGGUUACGAACACGAUCAGCCUUCGUGCAAAAUUCGGAACAGAACCUGGCCAAGAAACAACAGCACUGUGCUCAACGCCUUCGAGACCGCCAUGUCCCUGCUCCGAGCAUGAUCACGCAGAUUGCGCUCGCCUUCUUCGAAGCGGGCAUUUUCAUGCGGGAUAUUCUCGACGAGUUCUUGGACGUGUUGACAUCCUCAAUUUAG